CUGUCCCCAGCUGCGCCAGGCCAUGCAGGGGGACGCCGAGCGUGGGGCUGCGCCCUGCUCUGCCUCCCGCUGCCUUGGCUUCUCCGUCUGCUGAACAAAGGCCGCAGCCCAGGCUGUUGCCAGCAGGAUGCCCAGGGCGGGGGUUGGGGCUGUCAGGGGGUCUAGGCAGCCUGCCCCCACCUGGGAUUCCCUCCGCACCCCCUCUCCCGGCAUCGUAGGCACCCACGGGGUCACGCCUUGUGCUCGGGCACCUGCUGGCGGCUCUGCACGCGGCAGGAGGUGCUGCCCACCGCCAGCCAGUCGGUGCAGACGUGCUGCCUGCUCUGUCACCGGGAGCGCAAGGACUGGGGCGGCCCGUCCCACAAUGGGCUGGUGUCCCCGGGCGAGCGGCUGCCCCCAGACUUCGUGCCAGCCCUGGUGCAGAACCUGCUGGGGGAGAUGCCGCUGUGGAUCUGCCAGAGCUGCCGCAAGAGCGUGGAGGAAGAGGAGCGGCGGGCGGUGCAGGAGCAGGCGCUGGCGGUCUCCUUGUCGCGCACGUCCUGCAAGGCACAGUCCUGCGGUGGCGGCUCCCACUCCUCGUCCUCAUCCUCGUCAUCCUCCUCCUCGUGCCACGGGAACUCGGGGGACUGGGACCCCAGCUCUUUCUUGUCCGCCCACAAGCUCUCAGGCCUCUGGAACUCCCCACACGCCAAUGGAGCUGCACAGGGCAGCCCCGCGGGGCCCCCCACCGCGCUAGGUGAGAAGCACACGGGCCUGGCCCUGGCUGCAGAGUGCGUUAGCCAGGCCCCCACAGUGGCACCGGGGCUCAAGGCCUGUCCCUACAGCCACGCGGUCUCCCCAGCCCCCGGCGGUGCUGCCCCGAGCACGCCUCUGCCUACCUCACUCGACUUCUGCAAGGCGCUGCCCAAACAGUUCAAGAGCAUGUGCCGGAGACCCACCCCACCAGGCGAAGCCUUCCAUGCCCCGGAGCACCAUCGGCACUCGGACCUCACCGCCCCGCCCAACAGCCCCACCGGCCUCCCCACCCAGCCCCCAGCGCUGGCGCCUGCCAAGCAGCCGCCUGCCCACCCGGGCCCCUUCAGCCCCCUGCCGCACGUCCCCCUGGGUACCGCCCCACCAGCGCCGCCCUUCCCCGCGCCUGCCCCCAAGCCUGUGGCCGAGCCAGUCUCCGCGGGCCCCGUUGUGCAUGGCCAGGGGACCUACAAGAGCCCGCACCUGCCCCCCGCCAACAUGCCCCUUCUGAAGAUGCCACCACCGCUCUCGGGCUGUUCCCAUCCCUGCAAUGGGCACUGCAGCGGCGCCCUGAUCCCGCCAGCCACCCCUCACCCACUGCCCAGCGCCAACAGGGACCCUUCGUGCAAAGGGCACAAGUUCACAAAUGGCGCCGGGUGCCACCCGCCCCAGUCGUGUGAGGCAGACGAGGGCCUGGGCGAGGACGAGGACAGCAGCUCCGAGCGCAGCUCCUGCACCUCAUCUUCCACCACCCAGAAGGAUGGGAAGUUCUGCGACUGCUGCUACUGCGAGUUCUUCGGCCACAAUGCGCCCCCAGCAGCCCCAACGAGCCGGAACUACGCGGAGAUCCGGGAGAAGCUGCGCUCCCGCCUCACCAAGCGCAAGGAGGAGUUGCCGCAGAAGCUGGGCCCGGGCAGUGGUACGGGGGAGCCGGCCGUGGACCACCGUGACGUGGAUGAGCUCCUGGACUACAUCAACAGCACGGAGCCCAAGCCUCUGAACAGUGCCAAGGCCGCCAAGCGGGCGCGGCACAAGCAGAAGAAGAAGCCUGAGGCCAAUCCGUGUCCCCUGGGCAUAGCCACCUUCUGUGCCUCUGGCCCUGACCCCGGCGUUGCCUGCCCUGUGCUGCAGGAGAAGGAGAAGGCGCAGCUGGAGGCGGAGGCACAGAAGCGGGUGGAGCGCAGGCCCCUGGCCGGGCCGGAGGACGAGCUGCUGGAGUGGCCGGAGCUGGAGCUGGAGCGGGUGAACAGCUUCCUGAGCAGCCGGCUGCAAGAGAUCAAGGACUCCAUCCGCGCCAGCUUCAGCGUCUACGACCUCAACCUGGACGUGGACGACUUCCCCAAGAAGGCGGCUGUGCUGGAGCAGAAGGGCCUGCUUGCCCACCUCAACGGCUCUGCUGACCCACCUGACAUCGGCCUUGACCUGGCACCGCUCAGCCUGGGCCCUGUGCCGGGUCACGAGCCAGGCCCCCGGUGGGGCGAGCACCCAGGCGAGGCCACUGAGAACGGUGUGGUGCGGCGCCUGAGCGCCGUGCCCAGCCUGUCCCGCAUGAUCUGGGUCCAGUCCCCCAAGGCGAUGGACUCUGGCCAGGAGAGUGGCGGGUCUGGCCCGGAGCCCAAGGGGCCAGAGCCACUAGAGCUGGUACCUGCUGGGGGCAAGCAGAGGAAAAGCAAGCGGCAGAGCGGCCCGGGGAGGAAGGGGGAUGGCCCGGCAGUACUGGGGGGCACAGCCCAGCUGGACAGCCCUGGCACGAAGGGGCAGGUGCUGGGAGCCAAGCACCCUUCGAAGCCCAGCACUGUCUGUGAGCCCCUGCGAGGCGGCAGCGUGGAACCAGGCGAGGUCGGCAAGGGGCAGGGCUGGGGCUGUGGCGGCCCCCGGCCCGAGGAGCGGACCAGUGAGCGGAAAGGCCGGAGGGGUGAGGGCAGGGCCGAGCAGCCAGAGCCCGUGCAGCUGCCCCCCGUGGCCUUCGGGGACCGGCAGACUGCCCAGCCCCCUGCCCUGGCCAGCUCCCCCCAGCCCAAGGGCAAGAGCCGGAAGAGCAGGAACAAGGCGGACAAGGCCAACCCGUCCAUCGACGAUGUGUUUCUGCCCAAGGAUGUGGACGGGGUGGAGAUGGACGAGACCGACCGAGAAGUGGAGUAUUUCAAGAGGUUCUGUCUGGACUCGGCGAAGCAAACCCGGCAGAAGGUGGCUGUGAACUGGACCAACUUCACCCUGAAGAAAACCACUUCGAGUGCCGCUCAGUGAGGUGCGGGGGCCCCGGCCGCCCCCGCCUUCCACAGACACUCGCCUCACUGUGCCCCCCACCUCCUCCUGGGCUUCCCGGUCACACGAAUGUGGAGCCCCCAGCCUGGGGAUGCCAGGACUGCACCCCCCAGCCUGGCACAGCCCUGGGGCCCUGUCCUCGGCCAUAGGCAGCUGCCCCCGCCC